GGAGUGGGGGCUGCGGGGGACUCCAGGCCGCCCGUUGGUCCGCAGGUGCAGUACACGUUCAUCUACCAGGCCCUGCUGGAGUACUACCUCUACGGGGACACGGAGCUGGACGUGGCCUCCCUGGAGAAGCACCUGCAGACGCUGCAGGGCACCGCCACCCACUUCGACAAGAUCGGGCUGGAGGAGGAGUUCAGGAAAUUGACGAAUGUCCGGAUCAUGAAGGAGAACAUGCGGACGGGCAACCUGCCGGCGAACAUGAAGAAGGCCCGAGUCAUCCAGAUCAUCCCGUAUGACUUCAACCGCGUGAUCCUGUCCAUGAAAAGGGGCCAGGAGUACACGGACUACAUCAACGCGUCCUUCAUCGACGGCUACCGACAGAAGGACUACUUCAUCGCCACGCAGGGGCCCCUGGCGCACACGGUGGAGGACUUCUGGAGGAUGGUGUGGGAGUGGCGGUGCCACACCAUCGUGAUGCUGACGGAGGUGCAGGAGCGAGAGCAGGACAAAUGCUACCAGUAUUGGCCGACAGAGGGCUCCGUGACGCACGGCGACAUAACCAUCGAAAUAAAGAGCGAUGCCCUUUCCGAAGCCAUCAGUGUCCGCGACUUCCUGGUCACCUGCAAUCAGCCCCAGGCCCGCCAGGAGGAGCAGACCCGUGCAGUCCGCCAGUUCCACUUCCACGGCUGGCCAGAGGUGGGCAUCCCGGCCGAGGGCAAGGGCAUGAUCGACCUCAUCGCGGCCGUGCAGAAGCAGCAGCAGCAGACGGGCAACCACCCCAUCACCGUGCACUGCAGCGCUGGCGCGGGGCGCACCGGUACGUUCAUCGCCCUCAGCAACAUCCUGGAGCGCGUGAAGGCGGAGGGGCUGCUGGACGUGUUCCAGGCGGUGAAGAGCCUCCGCCUCCAGAGGCCGCACAUGGUGCAAACCCAGGAACAGUAUGAAUUCUGCUACAAAGUGGUACAAGAUUUUAUUGAUAUAUUUUCUGAUUAUGCUAAUUUCAAAUGAAAACUCCUGCCUUAAGAUAUUUUUUAAUUUAAUGGUCAGUAUAUUUUGUAAAAAAAAAAUCAUGUUAAUUUAUUUCAUAGUUGACAUUAAUACCCUUUCUAAUGUCUUUGUAUAUAUCUUGUGAUGCUUUCAAGGCCGCCCGCUAUAAACUUACUAUGUCGUCAAGGCCCCCUUUUAAAAACUGGAAUAAUGUAUUAAGGUCAGAUGAUGUCCCAUAAAGUAUAUAUUUCGCUAAUACCAGUAAAUGUUUUAAUUUCUCAGUAGAUCCAUAUCAUUUAAUUUCUCACACUCAGCACCUCUAAAUGUUAUAAAAUCGUAAUGUGCCAAGUGUACAAGAUGCUAAACACAGCGUUCAGGAGAAAACAGCCGGGGACUCAGAAAUCGGGUGGGAAUUCGCUUGGUUAAGGCUGCUUGGACGGCCCUGAGCCGCAGCAUUUUUUUGAGGACAAACUGUUCCUGAAGCUGCGCGAUAAAGAAUGUGUUUUGUAAAGGCCUCGGUCCCACCCACGUGGUUUCCCUGUUACAAUUUAAAGAUCCAAGAAGGCUGCGCAACCUGGAUACAGGUCUGCAGCUAGUGACUGUACAGUGAGAGGAACACAGGCCGUGUCCCGGGCCGUGUCCGUGCCACCGGGGACAGAUGACAGGAGAAGACCCAGGUGGUCUGGUUCGCCCACGGCUUCCGAGCUGCACCCCCACAGCGCCCCCUGCUGUCCGUCCCUCUGCGUGUUUGACGCAGAUGAAUGCCUUUCUUGCUCUGGUCCCAUUGGCCACAGCUGCCAGCGUGGGCGGCAGGUCUCCCAGGGGCCCCACCUCAAACCACUUCCCCCCCAAAAGUUCAGGUCAAGCCCCAAGCCCCGCACCCAGGGGAGCCAGAAGCUCACGCUUGGUAGAAAGAGCAGCAGGACCACAGGUAACGAUGCUUUAAACUUUCUGAGAAGCGUUUUGGUACUUAAAAGCCCCUUGUAAAAACUAAGACUGUUUGUAAGAAAAGAAACCCUAAAAUCUAGAUUUAUACCGUUUUUUAAAAGUCCCGCUCCGCAGUGUUUAAUUGGAGAAGAGAAAGGCUAGCUUAUUUUUGGAUGGAAAUACUAGGGAGACCUUGGACACUGGAUGAUCAUGACCCCCUGCCAGACAGGACCGGCUCAUGGGGUAAAAUAGAAGGGGGUGGGGGGAGGGAUGAAGGUAGACAGGUUUGAUUUGGUAGCAGCGGUCUUUCUAUGGCCGUUCGUGCCUAGCAGACGAGCACAACCUCAGACACCUGGUCUCACUGACGGACAGCAGCUCACCUGUGCAUUUUGGUACGUCCGUUGCUUUUUAAAAGACAUAUCAACGCCUCGUUUGACAUUUCCCCUGGGAGCGGAUUGCACUGUUUCUCCCGUGUUCAUUGCCUGAGCACCGUGCACCGGGCUGGGCCAGGUUCUGAGGGCAGGCCCACAGCUGUGUCCGUGGCCAGUGAGCAGGCUGUACCCGGGCUGGGCCAGGUUCUGAGGGCAGGCCCACAGCUGUGUCCGUGGCCAGUGAGCAGGCUGUACCCGGGCUGGGCCAGGUUCUGAGGGCAGGCCCACAGCUGUGUCCGUGGCCAGUGAGCAGGCUGUACCCGGGCUGGGCCAGGUUCUGAGGGCAGGCCCACAGCUGUGUCCGUGGCCAGUGAGCAGGCUGUACCCAGACGGGGUGGGGCCAGGUUCUAAGCACAAGCUCACAGCUGUGUCCACUGCCUGAGCCCCAGGCCGCGGGCUGGGCGGGUUCUACGCACAGGCUCACGGGUAACCAGGCUCCUGCCUCUCCCCUGAGCCCCACCCAAGGGCCAGCACAGGUGCCCCGCUGGGAAGACAAAAGCACAACUCGGUGAGGGCUGCCAUGCCGCCCGCCAGCCACAGCCCUGGGCUGUGUACAUGACACCGAUGUCGCCCGCCCCGGACCCCGAACUAGGGCCCCGGAGGGAGACGCACGGAGCGCUGCAAGGCAGGCUGGUUGGCCCCGUUGGUUCUCAUUGCUAAAUCCCAAGCCCAGAGCCUGCCUUUGAUUGAAGGGGAAGAGGCAGGGGCUUUGCCCAGCACCAACCCUAGAACUAGAGCCGGCUGCCUGUGAUGCCGGCUGCCUGUGAUGCCGGCUGCUUGUCACUUAUUUGAGGGGCCCACGUGGAAGGGCGCGGAUUUGGGUCCAAAUCGAGGAGCCGUCCUCAGCAUCCCCCACGCCCUCCAAUGGGCUCCCUGGCACCUCCUGGAGGAGACAGACCCCCUCAGGGCGCCCUCGGGAAAGUGCCCCAGGGGUGUGUCCUCUCGCCCCUUGCGCCCUCCGGGUGUGCACCCCAGGUGUCCGGGUGCCCCGUUGGUCCUUCCAGUCCCAGAAACAAAGCAGAAGCCACUGUCCCUUGGGCACAGACCCUCCCCAGGUGGGGGCAGCCCGCGCUUGCCUUCCUGGGGGGCCCUGGAAUGCAGCCAGCUGGCCCCGGCAGGGGUCUGGGGGAGCCCUCGGGACUCACCGCCUGUCUGUGCAGCUACGUGGGAGCUCUUCCCCUUCAGGCACAGAAGGCCCCCUGUGCACACAGGCGCCGCCCGACCUGGGUCCCCCCAGCGUCUCCCUAUGUUGCACGCAGUUGAAUUCAAUGCCAAAUCCGACCGGAAGGCUCCGGUUCUGACCUGUGUGCUUGGUCACCGUGUGACUCACUUACUCUCCUUGUGCUCAUGAGGAAUGCAGGCCGGGGUUCUGAAGGGUAUUUUUUAUGUGUUUUUAAAAACUUUUACGAUGAGCCUGGCAUCCGUUUCAGCACCCGGAGACAUGCCCGCGUGUUAUUUUUUUUAACGUCCGGUUACUGACACUUUUGUGUAACUACGUCGUGUUUCAUUCAUGUGCGAUCUUUCUAUGUAUGUACCCCGGUUCCACCCAUCUUGCCUCCUUUUAUUACAUUUAUCACUUGCUCUUGUUCUGAUUUUGAUGCCACUGAAUGUUGCUGACGUCUUUGUACCUGCAAAUUGCACGGUGGGAAACAUUCCGACGCAAGGAUAAACCUUUGCUUUGA